AUGAUCCGCUGGACUGUAAAUCUCGCAGGUGUUGAUGCAGAAGCGGACUUGCAACGCGAUGAUCGGAUGAAAGCACCCGUCAAUCCAUCUUCGGGCCGUCGGGAAUCCGGUAAGCCAGCUGACGCAGCGCGAGCAGGUGGGGGGACCCCACAGUCGCUGGGAACAGUUGCAACCCUUGCCAUGAGCGAGCUCCUGGAGCUGCAACGAGCGAGGCGAGAGACAAGUCUCGCGGACAGCAGUCUUGGACAGUUCUGGAUCGGCCCCCCCCUUUCUAAAGAAGAAGGCGGACAUGCAAAGGGGAGCGAGAUCCGCAUUUUUAGUACCUUUACGAAUGCACAAGGUAGACGCACUGUGUGCACGGUUCAGGCGAGACAAGCUUUGUUCCGUGGGGUGGAUGUAGUGAAUGCUUUCCUUCAGCAAACACUUGUGCCCGAUGAACGUUUGUUUUCUCGCUUUUCGACGAACCCACGGCAUUACAAACUGUACAUAGCCGACGAGUUUACCGGUGAAGAGGACUUGGUAUUUCAGCUAGACAGUGCCAUUCAAAAGUUAACGUGCUUUGCGGUUCAACCCCUCCCCACCGCCAAACUGUUUCUUUUUCCGCAGAGGACUCGGCUGCUGCCAACAGCCGCGGAGGACAUCAACCUCUCCGUGGAGGUACGACCCUUAGACUCACAGGCCAAAGUUGUCAAGCGCCAGGUGCUUGUCCCAGCUGACAUGCUUGCUGAGAGUCUGGAGCGGGUUAUUUUUAGCCGACUCCCCGGCAUUUGGCUAGUCGCGGGUUCCCUGCGUAUUAAAUAUGGACCGGUUGAGCUGAAUAUUAAUGAAUAUUACAACUUUGGAACAGGGUGCGGACAUAUGGAUAUUCCUGUGGCGGAGCGUACUAUACUGUCCCUCCAUCGCUUUGGGGUCACGGAGGUUCUCGUACAGGGGCGUGUGACGGACGGUGCUGCGGAUGUGCCAGCACCAGUGGAGGACAUUGUUAUAAACAUUGAUGCUGAAAAGGCCCAAACUCUUGAGCAGUUCGAAGUAAUUCGCAUUAACAAGCACGGGGCACGGCAGCAACGCAUUCUCUGUGUGGAUGGGGAGCGGCUGUAUAUGAAGCAGCCCUACAAUGCUGGCAGAGAGGCUUCACAGGGAUGUGAGGAAAAGUUGGUGAGAGACAUCGAAGAGGUUCGCUCCUCGCCAACGAGACCCAAGUGUCUAGAAAUUUGCUACAAUCAUGCGUCCAAACACGAGGAUGACCAUAUUGAAUGUACAACAGCAUACUGUCGCGCUCUGCUGGACGAGAAGCUCCGCGUCGUUCAGCGGGAGUUGCGAAAGAGGGACGAUUCUGAAAGGCAAAAGGUUGACAAUGUGGCACUUUCUCGGCUAUUCGGGUGGUUGAAGAGUGGUUUCGGUAAGUAUGCACAGCACUCUGACGGUUCGGAGUGA